AUGCCGCCUGUCUGCGGGUUCCCGAUGCUCCUCCUCCUUCUUGCCCUCACCUCGUUCCUCCCGCUCGCCAGCGCCGUCUUUGUCAGCUUCGAAAACUGCCUCGAGCCAGUCCGUCUGCGCGACGAAGCCAACUCGCCGUACCUCGCAUUCACCCCCAAGUAUGUGUGGGCACAUUUCGACACCGUUGACCCGAAUCACCCCUUGAACAUCACCGUAUAUGGAGACGUGUCGGGGCAGACCACGUCGGGCACCUAUCCGGAUAAAAACAGCCCGACUUGGACGGACAAUUCUAGCACCUUUGGCAAAAUCGUGGAUCUGGAGCCGGGCAACAAGCUCUACACCACGCUGCUCCAGAGUUACAGGGUGCUGACGUAUUCUGCUGCCAUUCCCGAGCCGCGCCAGUUCUGCGACACAACUCGGGGCUGCCCAGUCGCGCCUGCCUUCCCUGCCAAUGCGAGCAAUCCCCAGGAAUUCCGGACCUUCAAUGUCUCCAACAACUUCCACAGCUCAUAUUCCUUCACCACUUGGGCAGCAACACUAACCAUCUUGUCCGGCAACACAGACAGGCAGGCGCUAGGCUGCGUGUCUGCCAAUAUCACACCAGACCUAGGCCCCAGGUUAUCCAGCUCGCUGCGUUAUAUGCCCGCGGCUGUGCUCGCGCUCGUGGCUCUUGCAACCAUUUUCGCUGCGACGUGCAGUCCAUGGGGUACCUCGAACGUGUUCCACUGGACAAGCAAUUAUGGACGCGACGAAGACCUGUUGCGGCUGGUCACUCCUGGCUUCGGUGACUGCCUUCAGUAUAUUCAAUUCAUCGUAUUGGCGGGCAGCUUGAGUCUGAACUAUCCUGGCUUUUUUCAGCCGGUAGUUAGCCAGGCCAGUUGGUCACUUCUGCUCUUCAACCAGAGCUUUGUAAGCCAAGGGAAUGGAUCCCAGAGUCUUGUUGAUGGCAUCUACUUUGUGAACGGCACCUACGGACUUACGCGCAUGAGUCAGUACGUGGGCAUGACCAGAGAGCGAGACAUGUGGGCAUGCAUGGCCAUCUUCCUGCUUGUUCUUAUCGGCAUUGUCAUUGUCAUCACCCAGCUUGGCUUCCUUGGACGAUGGGCUUACCGAAAGCUCACCCACAACCAGGGUGGUGACCUUACCGGCAAGAACUGGCCCUUCACUGCUGGCAACGUGGUCCGGAUCGUCUUCAACUACUUCAUGCUACCUAUCAUUUGCUUAUCUUUGUUCCAGUUGGUGGUAGCACCUCGCUCUUCGGGCUCCGUCGUGGCUACUGCUGUCAUCCUCCUAAUUGUGGUAGCCGGAUCUGCGUCCUUGAUCUUUUGGUCCAUUUUCACUACGAGGCCCCGUGCCCACCUUUUCGACGAUCUACCUACCGUCUUGACCUACGGACCUCUCUACAACACCUAUUCCGACGACGCCGCUCCGUUUGCAUUCAUCCCUGUACUUCUGACCAUCAUACGCGCCAUUGCUAUUGGCGCUAUCCAGCCUUCCGGCAUUGCGCAGAUUAUUAUGCUUGCAAUCUGCGAAGUAAUCCUAAUUCUUACCUUACACGCCUUCAAACCAUUUCAGUCGAAUACCUCGAUGAACGCCUAUCACACUUUCUUUUCGGCGGUACGACUAACGUGCAUCCUGCUCUCAGUCGCCUUUGUUCCUUCCCUGGGUGUCUCAGAAGCACCAAGGGGAUGGAUUGGAUACAUCAUCCUGUUGCUGCACGGCAUAGUCCUCGUCUUUGGCUUCUUCCUCAACGCUCUGCAAACAAUUAUCGAGGUCGCUGCGAGGCUUGCAGGUGCUGGAGCAGACCAGCGAGGAGGACUCACCAAAGUCUUUGGCAAACGACAACUUUCCAAGCGCCACCAUCGAAAGCAGCGCAGCAGCUUGAAUUCGACGGCAACAAUGCUACACCACGACGAGAACAAGAACAUCCGGCUCAUCGACAGUCGAUCAAGAAGCCUUUCUGCCAGCUCGGGUGUCCUCCUAAAUGGUCCGUACGAUAGAGACAGUCAACGCGCCAGUGUGGGCUUCGAAGGCUUCAGCCAGGGUGAAUACAGCAACAACGGAGGAGGCACUAGUCCAGGCACGCCUGGGAUCAAUGCCACGCCCUUCACCUUCCUCGGUGGUGCUUCUUCUCAAAGCUCGCGACGGCCAACAAUGGGCACGACAUUUGACGCUGCGGAUCCAUACUACCGUCCUCCAAGACCGCGCAAGCACACAAUGGACUCGCUUGGGCCUGGCGCAUCAGGCAGGCCAUCCAUCACUGCAGACGUCGCAGAUGCGCCCUACUCGGACAAUGUCGACAUCGAAACAGGCGACUUAGGAGAAGGACCGUCUCGAGCUUCCGGAACCCCUGCUCCAGCCUAUCUACGGAUGAAUAAGGAUGACUCUGACCCGAACCUUGAGCGACGGAAUAAUACAGAUUACUCGGUUCGAGAAUCCGACUUUUACUACGGACUUCGUGGACCGGCCCUGUCCUCGCAACCUACGCGCAAGUUGAAGACUGGACCUGCUGACCCAAUGAGCCCAGUGUCGUCCGCAACUGGCUGGUUCAAGAGCUUGAACCUCAUGGGUGGCAGGAAGAAGGAAAAGAGCAAGGGUUUCGAGGUGGUCAGAAGUACACGCAUGCCACCACAGAUGAUGGCAGUAGAAGAAGACGGCGAGUCUCCUGAGGUUGCGCAAGAGCCAUACCGGGACAGCCCUGAGUCUCCACCACGGAAUUCAACAGCGAGGGCUUCGCCGCCUCGACGGCAGAAUUCUUUAGGAGUUGCGUCAGCGGGUGUUCUCGCUGGUGAUCGGAGACGGUCUUCUGACAGCUACUCCAACGCGAGUGACGUGGAAUUUGAGCCCGUUAAUCGCAUCUCCGCCAUUGCACCCACUCUUGGGCCCAUCGAGACUGGCGGUGGCAUUGAACUGCCCAGCAGGAUAGGAUCGCGAGCAUCGCGUGUCACACAGGGGCGGGCGGGGCCUCCAAGUCGCGCCCCUACUCUUCCUCGAAAGAACUCGCGACGGACGCGGUCCACGGAAGCUGCAAUACAUCCGGAUCGGUUGUCGACUGUGAUGGACACAUCAUCACCACCUCCACCACCUCCACCAAUGUUUCCAACCAGCCAACAGAGCCAACAUCUCCACCCCACGCCUGGCGGCCUACCGAUCCGCCUACCUUUCGGCUCUACAGAACCUUCGCCGUCACCUGAACGCUCACCCAAUCGUUCUGCCGCGUCAAGUAUCUUUCCCAACGAUGGUGUCAGCGACUUCAAUGUUCCACCACCACCGAUAGGGGCGCAGGGCAAUCGGCCUCUGAGCACAGGGUACGUCCAGCACCACGUGACAAAGGAUAGUCUACAGAGCGACGGAUACGACGCUGGAAGUCACCUAGAGGCAUCAGCCGAAUUUGUCGAUCGAAGUCGCAGUGGCAGCACGCAGAGAAGCGCACGAAGCCGGUUCUCUAUGCACUAG